GUUGGGGGCAGAGAAAAAAAAGCAUGGUACAACUGACGUGUCCUAAUAAGAAACAACGUGGCAAUACGGCAGUGCAACGAGCCAGCUUACGUCCGUGCGGUUCUCACUGAAACCGCUCGUUCUCGCGCGUCUCUCCCGCAGGUUGACGCUCGCGAUGCUCGCGCGAGGCGCGGACAAGGUGGGCGAAUCGACGUGACGGGUACCGCUGUUCCGAUCUCCGCUGGGCUAUCCGGCUAAGGUUAUGUUCUCGACGGUCGCGCGUCGUCGUCGCUGACCUUCCUUAACAUUUCACGCAAAUCGUUAUCCGUUUCGCCGCGGAAUCAGAUAUCGUAGAGUCACGCCGAUGCGCACGAUCACGUCGCCGCCACGGCGUUACGCGGUGACGUGCGUGGAUUUCAGUUCAGCGCGAGAACGGCGAUAAUAACCUUGAAAACCGUCGCCGUGUUAACGCGUCUAAACGUAAACGUGGCUCGAGUCUAACGGAAACGUGGCGAGAGCCGCCGCGCAGAGAACAUACGCGUCCAGUGUAUGGAUUGUCGUAUCGGUGACACCAUCUCGGCUUUGACCCGCGCGACGGCAUGAGGAGGAAACUGGAGAAGGACGACGGCGGCGUGGAGGACGGCGUCCUGCUCGCCGAGCCGCACAACGUCCAGGAGCCCUCGGACCUGCGGGGCGACGAGAAGAACAUCGCGAUCCUCUUCUUCCUGUACCUGCUGCAGGGCAUCCCGCUGGGGCUCUGCGGCUCGAUCCCCAUGCUCCUGCAGAACAGGGGGGUCUCUUAUCGGCAACAGGCGGAAUUUAGUUUCGUGCAAUGGCCAUUCUCGUUGAAGCUCUUUUGGGCGCCCAUAGUAGACUCGAUUUUCUCGCAAAAGUUUGGAAGGAGAAAAACUUGGUUGAUCCCGACCCAGUACCUGAUGGGUAUGUUCAUGCUCCUUCUCUCCAAUUAUGUCGAUCAUUGGUUGGGUAAAGAGCACGAGAAGCCGAACAUCGAAAUGCUGACCGCACUGUUUUUCGCUUUGAACGUGCUCGCCGCGACACAGGAUAUCGUGGUAGACGGUUGGGCGCUCACGAUGCUUAAGAGGUGCAACGUCGGAUACGCGUCCACCUGCAACAGCGUCGGCCAGACAGCGGGUUACUUCGUCGGUUACGUCUUGUUCAUCUCCCUGGAAUCCGCCGAGUUUUGCAACAACUAUCUGAGAUCAACCCCCUCGGACGAGGGCAUCCUCACUCUACCUGGAUUCUUGUACUUCUGGGGCUGGACGUUCGUCGUCACGACGACAUUCAUAGCGUUGUUCAAGCACGAGGGCAAGGGGAGGGUGCCGAGAGGAGAGGAGCUUAACAUGGACAUCAAGCACGCGUACAAACUGCUCUGGGACAUCGUGAAACUGCCGGCGAUCAAGACGACGAUUAUAUUCCUCCUGACGGCAAAGAUCGGCUUUUCCGCGUGCGACGCGGUGACCGGCCUGAAACUGAUCGAGGCCGGCAUACCGAAGGAGAAGUUCGCGUUUAUGGCGGUGCCGAUGAUACCGCUGCAGAUCAUCUUGCCGUUGGUUAUCUCCAAGUACACCGCUGGACCGAGGCCUAUGGAUGUUUACAUGAAGGCUAUGCCUUACAGGCUGGCGUUCGGCAUCAUAGCCGCGUUCCUGGUAUGGGUCACGCCCCUCGUCGUGACUCACGGACACGUUCCAGCGUAUUACUUCGUUGUGUUGAUAGGUCUCUACUUCAUACAUCAGAUAUCCGCAAGCAGCAUGUUCGUGGCGUCGAUGGCCUUCUUCGCGAAAGUGAGCGACCCGGCGGUCGGCGGCACUUACAUGACGUUGCUCAAUACUCUGUGCAACCUUGGCGGAAAUUGGCCUGCGACGGCUGCGCUUUGGUUCGUUGACCCUCUGACAUUCAGACAAUGCAGCACCGAUCACGCGAACGACUGCAGCACAAUGACAGAGAGAGAGCUCUGCGCCAGCACCGACAACGGCACGUGCGUGAUGCAGCUUGACGGCUAUUACAUAGAGAGCCUUCUCUGCUUAAUCAUCGGUUUCUCGUGGCUCAGGUGGGGCCGUAGAAAAAUUAACGCGUUACAGGCCGAGCCGAUGUCCGCGUGGAAAAUCGUGCUCUCCCGUAACAACAGGUAACAUAUCAGCCGUUGUUACGAAUCUGUUGAUAUCCGGUACCUGUAAACCAUUAUUCUUCGACGAGUUGACGUGUAUGUGUGUGUGUGUGUGUGUAUCCCUGCCGUAUGCAUGGGAUGCAUCGUUUCCUGCACGUUUUAACUAAGUGUUCCAGUUCUACGAGUCGGGCACAGGGCGGAGCUGAAUCAAUGAACGAUUUAUUCGCCUUGGGAAGUACAAUAUGUUGUUGCAGAAUAUGUACAGUACAGAGAGAGAGAGAGAGAGAGAUCCCACGAGAAUGAUCGUGGUAUAACGCUAGAGAAUGUAAAAAAGAGAAAUGAAAAUACUGCGUAUCAUAUUAAUAUAAUUAAUUAAAUGAUGUGAAAGAAAUGUACGGAUCUUUGAUGGUUCUCAUUCUUAUUUCGUUCAGUUCGGAUACAAAAUUUUAGUAAUAUCGAAAUGGUUGAGAGUACAGUAUAUAUAUAUAUAUAUAUAUAUAUAUACACACGCAUACAUAUACAUAUAUUUAUUUAUUUGACAACCAUUUGAGGAUUGUAAAUUUUUCCCAGACACGAAAGAUGUCGAACGCGUUAUUUUUUUAUUUUUACAGAAAGUUAGAAAAUAUUAUUUAGGCGAAGCUUAAAUUUGCGAUCCAAUCAUCAUUCCACGAAGGUUAGUGUAUUAUCAUUGCAAGUUUAAUUAUAAUUUCACGAUAUUAUACUUUACGUUUCGUGGGAACUUUUAUAAAGAACCGAUCGGACACGUGCGACGCGUGUUCGCGGUUUAUAUCCUGUAUGUAUUUGAGAGUAUGUAUUUUGCGCAUAAAUCGAGAUAAAUAAUUAACAUAGAAUAUCAAUAAAAGUUUUUGAUAUAAA